AUGGCGCAGGUUCAACGGCCCCUUAUUAUUCAGUCCCAAGUCAUACGGCUCUGCUGCCCACGCACGGCAAGGAGGGCGAGUAACGCGCUGUCGGCACGCGGGAGUCGACACCAGAAGCUGCACACCAGGACCGUCACCGACAGGGACAUUUCGCAUCUGGCGAGCCUGCCUCUCUACCCAAUAACUCUGGCUGAUCUUGUAAAACAUGGACGACCACCGCUCACAACCCAGCAACUCCUCCAGUCAGCCAACUUCACCCUCUCCAUCCUGCCCGCCCGCCUGGCCCAUCGCAUUCAGUCGCUGCGCAACCUCCCGUUCAUCGUCGUGUCGAACCCCCAUGUGUCCAAGAUCCACUCCAACUACAUGCACAGCCUGUCGACAUUGCUGCCAUGGGCCGAGCAGGAAAUCAAGACGUUAGACGAGGAAAUCAAAUUUACAGAGGUCAUGGCCGAUCUGGUGCAAACACACGCAAACACCAUCAGCAUACUGGCAAGAGGCUUUUUGGAGGCGAGAAAGUACAUCAGCCCAAGCAAUGUCACGCGCUUUCUCGACGAGCAUCUGCGGGCCAGGAUAGGCACGCGACUGAUUGCAGAGCAGCAUUUGUCACUGCACUUCUCCAGCCAGCCCCACUGCGAAGUAAUGCACGAUGUCGAAGACAAUCCAGGAUUCAUUGGCGUCAUCGAUACCAAGCUGAAACCCGCACGCAUUGUCCAUCAUUGCGCUAAUGUGGUGGGUGAGAUUUGUGAGCUCAAGUACGGUGUGCGGCCAACAGUGGUUGUCAAUGGCGAGCCCGGAUAUGAAUUUGCCCACGUGCCUGUCCACCUCGAGUACAUCAUCACUGAACUACUCAAGAAUGCCUUCCGUGCGACUGUCGAGAGCGGCAUGGAGCGUGAGCCCAUCGAAGUCACCAUUGCCCCACUACCCGAACUGCUGCCAGAGGACAGAGUUAAGGAUAGUGGAGAGGGGGAAAGCAUACGUGAUCAUAAGAUUGACAAUGACAGCCAAGGAAAUGUAGACAAGGCAUCGCAUCGCUUGAGCGACAACCCGUCGCCAUCCCCGCCUCCGACGGCUGCCGAUAUCCUUCCUCUCAAACACAGCACGCCGGGUGUGACGAUACGCAUCCGCGACCGCGGCGGGGGUAUCUCGCCUGAAAACCUCCAACAUAUCUGGGACUACAGCUUCACCACGUUCAACGACGCGCAAGCUUCGUCUACGCUGUCGGGAGGUUCAGUAUCUUCGGCAAAUGGCAUGGAUGCUCUGAAUGCCUUCUCGGGGGCUGGCGGGGAUGGGGCAAACAGUCUGGCAGGACUGGGAUAUGGGCUGCCACUGGGCAGAGCCUAUGCAGAAUACUUUGGAGGGGGUAUUGCAGUGCAGAGUCUGUGGGGGUGGGGCACAGACGUAUAUCUCAGCCUGAGGGGCGUGGGCCGCGUAGACAGUGUGCAAGAGGCAAAGGCGGAGGCUGAGAAGAGGCAGCGAUAA